CUCUUCACAAGAAUUUUCUUAGAAUUAGAGACAACGCCGAGAAGAGGAAACCUUUGCAACCCUUUCUCCCAGAAGAAUGUAUUUUUUGGUGAUCCUGGCUUUUCUAGGACGAAUUACGGGUGAGACUUUCUUUCGUCAUUAUGAAAAUGGAAAUUUCACACUUAAGUGCAAUGGAACAGUGGCUAAUGAGAAGGAAACAAUUUGGUAUGAAGCUGAAGAAUCUCUGCAAGAAUUCCAAGUAAUCAACUACUGCAGUAAUCAACAGCCCAAAGUAAUCAAUGGACCAAACAAAUGCUCUGAUAAAACAAAGUGUACAAACCAAUUAUCAACUUCUGAUUCCAAAGGUGGUGGGGUAUUUGCAUGCGAGCAAUUUACAAAUACUGGAACAUCACAGACUUGCCCACUUUUUACCAGUGUGACUCACUGCAGACAUUAUAACUUUUUUAUUGUGGUGAUAAUAAACAUGACCGCAGAUAAGGAGACAUUUGAGAACAUUCCGUCAAAAUCACAUGAUAAUCAUUUAGUAGAAGAAGAAAGUAACUUCACUCUCUCUUGUGAAUUUCAAAUGAAGCAACCAAAACAAACAUUUGUUAUAUAUUGGAUCAAAUAUACAGAAACAAGCAAAUGCCUGUUUUCUGCUGCGAGAGAGCAGUAUACUUUGUCGUAUAAUACACAUUGCUGUAUUGAUGAGAUGAUCGAAGGACGACUAGUGAACUAUACAAGCUUAGAUUCAGAAGAGAAACAUGUAGUCCAUAAUAUGACCAUCUUGAAUGUUACUGACUCUGACAGUGGAACUUAUUUAUGUGUUGUAAAUUCCUGGGCAAGAAAUAAACAUGUGUGGAAGAUUGCAAAUAACCUUUCUAUAGAAGUGAGGAAUCAAGCCAUUCCAUCCUCUGCUUCCGUGCCAUUGUAUGCCGCCACAGGAUUGAUCGUAGGGAUUAUUAUCAUCAGUGGGAUAGCGUGGUUGAUCUAUAAAAAGAAAAUCAAAUCAAAAGGUAGGAAAAGUGAAAUUAGUAAGUAAGAUCUGCAGGAAUAUUUUAACUGUUGAAAUUUUACAGUGUGUUUCAUUUAUCUUUUAUAGGAAAGCCAUCUGCACAACU